AUGAGUGUUUUAGAAAUUCGUCAUGAAUUUUUUGAUGUUGAAGCACGAAAUAAUGAACAAUUAUAUCAAGCUUUUUGUAAUCAUGUUUAUUUGGGACAAUGGGAAUUAUGUCGAUUAUGUUUACAACUUUUAUUUAAUAAACGUUUACAACUUAAUACAAAUUUAGAAGAAUUAUUAAUGGAUAUUAUUCGAAAUCCAACUGCUUAUUGUACGGGAUCAAAAGCGGUACCAACCCCGUUUCAUUUUGCUUUAUUAUUAUUGGAAGAAUGUCGAGUUAAACAGUAUUUAGAUGUGGCAAUACUUGAAACACUUAAAUAUGAUGCAAUGUAUAAAUUUCUUUUGGUUGUUGGUGAUAUCCAACCGAGUGCACAAGUUGUUCAAGAAUUUGAUCGUCUUCAUACUAAUACUGAUGAUAUAUCAUCAACUCUUCUAACUGAGUCUAUGGCUGAUUUUCUUGUUGAUUUAUGGUUACAUGAAAUUCCACGUGUUUAUAGUUUUAUUCGUUAUUAUCUUUAUCCAUCAAUUCCAUCAAUACAUGUAUGGUUAAUACAAAUUCAUAAACGUGCACUUGAUUUAUGUUUACAACAAUUAAAAAAUUUAAAUAAUGAACAACAAAAAUUAAAUCUUAUUGAUUUACUUCUUUCAUUACAUUUCUAUACAUGUGAUACAAAUGAAUUUCGUUUAAUGAUGCAUGAUACAUUAAAAAAAAUUGUUAUUUAUGCAACAGAAGCAAAUAAUAAUCAUGUACAAUUAUUUAAUUUAAAAUUUUUAUAUCGUUCUAUAUUUAAUAAUAUUAAUUUAACACGUUUAAUAAGUGAAUUAGAAAAUGAAUAUCGUCGUGAAUUAUUAAAUAAUGAAACUAUUAUAAUACAUUUUUUAAAAAAAAAUUCAUUUGAAAAAGAAAAUUUUUCUUGGAAAGAAAUUUAUUUAUAUUUAAUUGAAAAUAAAUUAGAUUUAAUAUCAUGUGUAUUAAAUGAUUCAAUAUUAAUGGUACAAAAUCGUGAAUAUUCAUCAUUUGAUCAAUUAUUAAAUAUUGAACAAUUAUCAUCAUUACAUCUUUAUAUAUUUCUUCUUGCAUGGACACAUGUAAGAACAAUAAAUGAUGCAAUUGUCUUACACGAUUCAAUUAAUUCAUUAGGAAGUAAAAGUUCUUUCUUAAUGAAAUGUUUACAAUUAUUUCAAUCUCAUAUUGAAUUUAUAACAUGGUUAUAUAAUGUUCGACGGUAUCAUGAUGGUGCAUCACCUUUACCGAAUAUGUCGGAUUUAUUAGCAUUAUUACAUACAAAUUCACCAUUAUCUUUAAUGCAUCGAUAUUUAGAUAUACAAACUAUUGAUUCAGCUGAGAUUUUAGAAAAAUUACAAAAAACAUCAAUAGAUAUUGAUGAUGAUAAUGAAAAACAAGGAAAAAAAAAAGGUGUUCGUUUUACUGAUACUCCAACAAAUGUCAUUGAAUUACUUCGUUUACCUCAAACUACAGCUUCAAUGAUAUUUCUUGGUUAUCUCUCAAUUAAUAGUGUUGUACAACGUAUUUUAUCAUCUACUGAUAAUAAUAAUAAUAAUAAUGAUGCUAAUCAAACUGAUAAUGAUUUAUUUUCAAUAACACGUACAUAUUUAAAUCAAAUAUUUCCAUUACGUUUUCGUCUUGAAUUAUUAGAAAAUAUUUUUUCACUUAUAUUUAUUCAACAAAGUGAAUUAAAAACUGAUGAAUCAAUUGAAAUAAUUGAACAAUCAAUAAAUACAACAUCAAAUUCUAUAUCACCAUCAGAUAAACUUUUUUCAUCUAUACAAAGUAAUUUAACAAAUGAUAGUUUUCAUACAUCAACAAAUGCAAGUAUUAAAACUCAAAUAUCAAUUAGAAAAUUUGAUAAUGAUAUUGAUGAAAAUAAUGAUGAUAAUAUAUCAAUCGGUAGUAGUUCAAUGAGUUCAGUUAGUGCAUCACAACAUUACUCUAUAUAUCGUUCAGGAUUAUUAAUUGAUCAACAAGUACUUUAUAAAUUAUUAAUAUUUCUUCGUGAUCAAUUAUCAGAAGUUCGUACACUUUAUCAAAAAAUAAAAGAUAAAGCAACAGAUCGUACUACAGUAGAAUCUGAAACAUUAUUAGAUAAAUGUUUUCAAGGUUAUUCAAUUAAUACAAAUGAACAAUUUACAAUUCGAGCAACAAAAUUAAAUACAACUGUUAGUGAAACAUUAUGGAGAUAUCAAUUAUUAACAACUAAUACAAUUGAAUCAUCAACACAAGAAAAUAAAAUUGAUGGACAAGAUAAUGAUGAUAGUUUAGUUUCUAAUCCUACCAUAAAAAAUUUAAUUCUUCCCACUCCUGUUCGUCGACAUUCUCAUCGACGAAAACGGCGAUCACGUCAUUCUGAGAGUAGUACAUCCAGAAUAAAUGAUCUAUUUAGUGGUACAUCAACAUCAUCAACGAAUAAUCAACGUAAAAGAACAUCAAUAUUAGUAUCACAAAUUCUUUCUACUCGUGAUAAUUUAUUGGCUAUUUGUUUGAAAGAAGGCAAAAUUACUGAAGCUAAUGAAGUUAUUCGAUUAUUUAAUAUGCAAGAUCAUCCACUUGCUGUUGAAGCAAAAUUUAGUAAAUUAUUUCGUGAUACAGCUAAUCAAUUAUCAACAUCAUAUUCAUCAUCAUCAUCAUUAUCAUCAUCAAGUCCUUCUAUUGAUAAUUCAUCAUCAAAGUCAGCUUUAGCUGGUUUAGUUAAUUUAGCAACAUCAGCUCUUGGUAAUUCAUCAUUACAAAAUGAUAUUAGUUCAUUAUUAGAAGCUGCACAAUCAUCAAUUGUUUCAUCAACAUUACCAACAUCAAAUUAUUUUGAUCCUGAAUAUUUUGUAUCAUUAACAUUAUUUGAUUUAGCAAUAAAUGCACCAACAAUGACAAUAAGUAAAACAUUACUUGAUAUGGCACAACAUCGUUUACCAUUACCACGUCCAUUAUUUUCAUCAAAUACAUCAUCACAUAAUAUAACAAAUAAUAAAAAUUCAACAACAAGAAUAAAAACAUUAAAUGAAAUGAUUAAUAAUUAUACAAAUUUAGCUAAUUCAUCAAAUGGUUCAUUUUAUGAUUUAUUACUUGAUGUUACUAUACCAUUAGAUGGAAUAAAAGCAACUAAAACUAUACAAUAUUAUAAAAGACUUGAUGAACAUUGUCGAAAAUAUUAUAUAAAUGAACAAAAUUCUGUAUCAAUUGAACAACAAGUUAAAAUGACUGGUGAAUUUUUUGAAAAUGAUCCACAAUCUAAAUUAGAUUUAAUUACAUAUAUUAGGAAUUCUUCUAAUCAAACAAAAGGACCUUCUUAUUCUUCAAAUAUAAAUUAUUUUUCAAUAUUUCAUAUAUAUUUACAAAAUUUUCGUAUAUUACUUGAAAAAUUUCCAUUACCAGAUCUAUUAAUAGAUACUGAUUUAUUAAUGCAUUCACCAUUAUCAAUUAUUCAUCGUAUUGUUGCACGAUCAAGUGAUAUUGAUUUAGCACAAUUACAAUUAAUGACUUCAAAAUUAAAUGUUGAUAUAUCACUUGCUGUUACACUUAAUAUAAUUCGUCCAUUAUUUGUUGAUAAAACAAUAACAACAUCAUCAACAUUAUAUUCAAAUAGACGUACAACAUUAUUACAACAACAACCAUUAGAUAUUUUUUUAAAUUGUAAUCAAUCUCAUUUACAACAAUUAUCACCUUCAUUAUCAAAUGAAAGUACAAAAAAAUAUUUACGACGAUCGAUAUAUCUUAAACGUCUUGCAAGUAAAUUAGAUGAUUUUCAAACUGACCCAAAUACAUUUAAUGAACAUCCAGAAAAAUUUAUUAGAACAUUAUUAACCAAAUUAUUAGAUUGUAUUAAAAAAAUAAUUGAAUCAUCUGGUUAUAAUCAUAUGACAAUUGAACUUAUUGAAAAAUUACUUUCAUUUGAUCAUUAUAAUGAUAUAAUUAAUGCAUUACCAUUAUUAGCAUAUCUUGAUCUUGAUCGUUUAAUAACAAAUGAAGAACGUAUAUGUUUUUUUAUAAAUUUAUAUAAUUUUCUAUUAAUUAUAUCUCAUAUUGAACUUAUUCGAACAAAAUUAACACAAAUAACAACAACAAAUAUAUUUCGUAAUGAACUUGAACGUCUUUUAUUUUUUUUAACAACACGUAUUGAUAUUGGACAACUUAAACAAAUAUCAUUAUAUGAUAUAAAAUAUUAUAUAUUAAAACAAACUAUUCUUAUUGAUGGACUUCAAUUCAGUUUAGAUCCAAAAGGACCAUUUUAUCAAUAUGCACCAAUAAUUAAUAAUUAUCAACAUAUUCGAAUAGGUUUAAUAUUAAAUGAUUGUAUUUAUUCAUCACCACCAUUUAUGAUAUUAACACCGGAAUUACUUAAUGAACAAUUACAAUGUUCUACAAGAGAUUUUAUUGAUAAAUGUAUUUUAAUUAAAAUAAAUGAAACAGAUAAUUCAAUACAAAUUAUUUUACCAAAUAUUUUUCAUAAUCUAUUUGAUCAAACUAAUGAUAAUAUGAUUAAAUUUAUUGCAGAAUAUUCAACAUAUAAUGAUGUUCUAUGUACAACGAAUGAAGAUCAUACAAUAACUACUGAAAUAAUUCCUUCACAAAAUGAUUUUGCUAUAAGUUUCGAUUAUCGUUUAUGUUCAUCACAUUUGGAACAACAUGAAGAUAAUCGUCGUCGUCGUACAAGUUCACUUCCAUCAUCAACAACAAUUACAACAUUAUCUUUAUCUUCAAUUGAUUUUCUUCCUCAAACAACAAAUUUACCUAGUCAUUUAAUUGAUUCUCGUACAAUAUCAUUUGUUCAAGAAAAAUCUCCUGCUUUAGGACAAAUUCUUCAAAUUUAUGUACAAUCUAUAGUUCAUAAUCAAUCAAUUGAAAGUGAUAAAACUCCAUUAAAAAAUUAUUUUACAAGUUUAUUAUUAUCACCAACAUUAAUUGAAUCAACAUCAUCAAUUGGUGAUGAAUGGUUUCGUUCAAUUGUAUUAAAUGAUUUAACAUAUCAAUAUGAUUUACUUCUUUAUUUAUGUUCAUUAUUAUGGAAUAAUUCAAAAUAUAUUGAAAUUGUUGAAUUAUUUGAUUCAUUAUUACCAUCAUUUAUUGUACAUUCACCAUAUUUUCAAAUUUUACGUGAUCUUGCUUUAUUAACAUUAAUUAAACAAACAUCUGCACCUGAUCAUGCAUAUAAUUAUUUACGUCGAAUUCAUGAUUGUCAUUUAUUAAUACAUGCAACAUUAACAUAUUUACCACGUUUUGAUGGUCCAACAUGUUUAAAAUUACUUCAAUUAUGUUUAACAUCAUGUAAAAAAUCACAUCAAGAUUAUACAUUAUGGAUUCAAGAACGUUUAAAUAUAAUGUAUGUUUAUAAAACUUUAUGUCUUGGUGCAUUAGCACAAUUUAAUAAAUGUAUGGAAAAAAUAUCUAAAUAUGAUAAUCAAUUAAAUAUAUCAAUUGAAGAUAUGGCUAUAAAAAAAACAUCAUCAAAAUGUUUAACAUGGCAACAUGCACAAGAACAUUCACAACGUGAUCCAUUAGCUGUUGUUGAUAUGUUUAUUUAUGAAAAACAAUUUGAUAUGGGACAUAAAUGGUUAACAUUAUUAAAUAAUUAUGUUGAUGAAAAUGUAAUUGAUCGUGUAAGAUUAAAAUUAGUUGAAGAACAUAUACAUUGGUUAUUAAAAGAAGAAAAUAUUGGUAAUGGUAAUAAAAUUUUACAAAUUAUUGAUACAAUUAAAAAUCAAAAUCAUAAAUGGCAUUUAUGUACUGAUUUAAUUGAAGAUUUAUCAAAUAAACCAUUAAUUAUAUAUACAAAAUCAAUACCAUUUUCAAAAUUAUUUAUUAAAUUUCGUCUUAUACAACAUAUGUUAGGACAUUUUGAAGAAAAUUCAAAUUUUUUUCAAGAACCAUAUGAAAGAUCAAAAUUAUGUAUAUUAGUUACUGGUUUAGCUUUAUUUUUUAAUUGUGUACCAUUAGAACAAACUGAUUCAUAUGUACAAUUAGUUGGACAACCAUUACUUAUAUUUGAACAAUUAUUAAUGAAUAAUUCAAUUGAUAUAGCUAAAUUAACAAUUGAAACAUUAAAAGUUUUAAUUAAAAAAUAUUCUUUAGAAAAUAUUAAUAUUAAACAAAUUGAUGAACUUAUUGAAUUUUAUACAAAGAAAAGUGUACAAUUAAAUGUUGUACAACAAAAUGAAGAAAAAACAAAUAUUGAACAUAAACCUAUUACUCCAGGUUCAUCUGGUCUGCAAACUGAAACUCAUCGUCCAUCAUUAGUUUCAUCUUCAAAUAUAAAUCAAAAUAAAAAUACUCAAGAAAUAUCACCAUUAGGUCGUCGAAAUAAUAGUUCUGGUACAAAUACUAUAUUCAAUAGUAUACGUCAACGUAUGUCAUCUAAAGGUACUAUAUCAUCUUCAGUUGCAACAGAUAUUGAUCAACAUUUAUCAUCAUCAAUAACACCAUCAUCACCGAACAUUAAUAGUUCACCAUUGACAAGUUCAAUUCCAAUAAAAUCUUCGCAACAAACAACAUCAUCAUUUUUUGAUUAUUUAUCAACAUCAUUAUCUACUCGACCUCAAUUAAAUGAACAGCCUCAACAAACAAUGAAAACAACAUCAUCAUCAUCAACACAGCCACCUGAUUUUAUUGUUCCUGCAGCUAUACCUUCAAGACGAUUAUGGAUAUCCGAUACUGAAGUAGCUAUUUGUAUGUGUUGUAAUGAAUCAUAUUUUUCAAUGUUUAAUCGUCGUCAUCAUUGUCGUCGUUGUGGUCGUGUUGUAUGUAAAACAUGUUCACAAAAUCUGACAAUAAUUAAAAAUCGUCCUGAACGUACAUGUAAAGAUUGUUAUCAAUUUAUGCGAAAUAAUCAAACACCAACAAUAAAUACUCGUCAAGAAACAAAUAUUCCAAUAAAAAAAAUUGAAAAUUUUCGACCCCCUUCAAGAUCAAUCAGUACAUUUAAAAGACAAUCAAUAAGUCAAGUUUAUUUAAAAAAAAAUGGACACUCUGAAUUAAAAUCAAAUGAUCUUUUAUUAGGUACAUCACUUGUUAGUAAUAGUUCAAGUGAUGGAGAAGAUCAAUCCUUUCUAUUAAGUUCAAGUUUUUCAACAGCAAGUCCAUUAUUGAAAACAAAUAAAUUCAAUCAUCGAGGAUCAACUGAUUUAACUCAAAAACAAGAUAAUGAUGAUAUUCCAACAAUACCUGUUGUUAAUGAUCAAGUUCAUUAUCAAUUAACAGGAACAUCAACUGAUGAAAUAAUACGUAAUGAUUUUCAUUAUGAUCAAUCACCAAGUAUAUCAUUAUGUUUAUCAUUAAUUGAAUUACAUUCUGAUCAAUAUCAAUGUGGUAAAUUAUUAAUAAAAUUAUGUGAAUAUUUAUCUGAACAAUUAUCAACAAAACAACGUAAUAAUGAAAUUGAUUAUGGUUUAGUAUUAAAUAUAAUAAAAAAUCUUUUAUUUACUGCUAAAAUGAAAUUAAUGACAAGUACUAUAAAUGAUGAACAAUUAGGUGAACAACAAAAAUUAAUAAAUUCAUGUGAUAUAUAUAAUAAUCUUGUUGAUAUAUUAAAUCGUUUAAAUAUGGCUAAUUGUUCAUUACCAAUUUUAAAUGAUCUUUUACAACAAGAUACAUUAAGAAAAAUUCGAAAUAAAUUAUUAGAUGAUGAAAGAUAUCAAUUAGCAAUGGAUAUUUCAACAAGAUGUAAUUUAGAUACACAAACAAUUUGGUUUCAAUGGGGAAUGGCUUAUCUUCAUAUUGGUCAAUAUAUUGAAGCUCGUGAUAAAUUUGAUAAAUGUUUACAAAAAAAUACUGAUACAACUGAUUCAAUAUCAAAACAACAACAACGUAAUAGUUUAAGUCAAGAAAAAAUUUUAAAUGAUAUUAUAUCAUAUCUUGAAGCAUCACUUCCAUUAAAAUAUUCUAUGAAAUGUCAAUAUUUAACUGAACAACAAAUUCGACAAGCAAGACAAACACGUACUAGUUUAAAAUAUCUUAAUAGUCUUGCAACAAUGCCACAGUUAUUUGAUAAACCAAAUAAAGCAAUUCAAGAUGAAAUUUUAUUUUAUUUAACAACUUAUAGUGAUGAUGGACAUUUAUUAGAUUAUUAUAUUCGUCAUGAAUUUUAUACUCAAGCAUUUGAAUAUAAAUGUUCAUUAACAAUAUUUCGUGAUCAUAUAUAUAUGCCAUUAUUAAAACGUAAUCAUUUAAAACAUUUAUUUAAUUAUAUAUUAUCACAUAAUAAUAUGAAUACAUUUACACAUCAUUUAAAAUUUAUUUGUACAUAUUUAUAUGAACAAGAAAUGUAUAAUUCAUUACAACAAUUACAAUUAUUUAUGAAUGAUUUUAUAAAUGCAGCAGUUACAUCGAUUAAAUUAUUUACUUUACAUCGAACAACAUAUAUAGAUUUAUUUGAAAAACGUUUAAAUUAUUUACAGAAUGCUUUAGAAUGUUUUCAACAAGGAAAAAUUGAUACAGAACAAACAAUGAUAAAAAUACAAAGUACUAUAAAUAAAGUUGAACUUCAAUUGGAAAUAACUCGUUAUAUUUAUACACAAUUAAAACGACUUAAUACAAAUGGUGCAAAUAUAUUAAUUAAUUGUCCAACAGUAUUUGAUGGAAAAGAAACAAUAUUUAAACUUAUGUUAGGUUUAAUAGCAAUAUCUGAUACAAUGGCAAAUGCAUUCAAUUUAAUUAAUAAAAUAAUCAAGGAAAUGAAUUAUUCAUCAACAGAAGUAUUUAUUCCAUGUGCUGAACAAAUUGGUAAACAUCGUGAUUAUCGUUCUCUUCAACAAUUUCUUCAAUUAGUACGUGAAAAUGGUUAUACUGAUAAUAAAUUACAUGAUGAUAUUAUUGAAAGUUGUAUACGACAAUCUGGUUCUGAUAUUGAACAAAGUCGAGAACAAGAUACAUUAAUUCAAAUGAUUAAAAAUGAUGAUACUCGUAUAAAUGUUUAUAUUGGUGUUGGUAAAUUACGUGCUGCUUAUUUAAUAGCUAUUCGUCUUGGAAGAGAAGAUAAAGUUCGUUUAAUUCGUGAUGAUGCACAAAAAAGUGGUCAAACAGCUGUUUAUGAUAUAUGUAAAAAAUGGUUAGAAAAUCGAACAAGUGAACAGUGA